AUGUUCCUCGCCAUCUCACCUACCCUUCAUCCGCGCAAUCUGGACCGUGAACCGUCCGUCCACUCUUUGUCACUUUCUGGCACUUGCUCAAGACGGAAUCCAGACGACAGUCAGCCCUCCCGCAUCGCGAGACUAGGCCGAAUAUCGAACACUGGUGCCGUGAGGACAGAGAGUCCGAUCAAGACCUGA